AUGGGUCCAACCAAACGCUCCCGCAGUGAUGCCCUCAGAGAGGAGAUUACUGAAGUGGUUGAGGCAAACUCAUCUUUGAGGCCAGAAGGAUCACGAAAACGAGUCCGUGUGUCGCACAACAGGCCGCAGUCUAAGGAACCGACGGACGAUGACGACGACGACGACGAUGGAAGCCAGGGGAGCGAGGCGGGUAAUAUGUCAGAGGCUGAGGCUCCGCAGUCUCCCCCACAGACCCAGUACGAGAUGAUGCGCGACAACGGCUUCAGACAUCUGGAGAAUCAAGAUCUCGACGACCUCCAAGCGACCCAAGCUCUCGCCCGACGCUCGAACCAGCUAGGCGACAACUCGGUGGCAGAGAGUGGCAUCAUCGAGAGCAUCACGUGCUACAACUUCAUGUGCCAUACAAGGCUGCACGUCGAGCUGGGACCCCUCAUCAACUUCAUUGUUGGCGAGAACGGCAGCGGCAAGAGCGCCGUCCUCACAGCCCUAACUCUGUGCCUAGGCGGCAAGGCCAGCGAUACAAACCGUGGUGGAAGCCUGAGGUCAUUUGUCAGGGAGGGUCAAGAACACGGGUCCCUGGUCGUCAAGAUCAAGAAUGGGGGCACCGACGCCUACCAGCCCGACCUCUACGGCGAUUCCAUCAUUGUGGAGCGCCACUUCUCCAAGUCUGGUGCCAGCGGGUUCAAGAUCAAAUCGUCCUCCGAGCGCAUCAUCUCCACCAAGAAGCAGGAAGUCGACGAGAUCUCGGAGUGGUACGCUCUGCAGAUUGGUAACCCCCUGACUGUCCUAUCCCAGGACAACGCUAGGCAGUUCCUCAACUCCGCCACACCCGCUCAGAAAUAUAAGUACUUUGUGUCGGGCGUGCAGCUUGAACAGCUCGACAACGACUACAAGAUGUCACAGGACACGCUGGACAAGACCCUUCUUCUCCGCGAUGAUCUCGAUGAGCGGAUAGCCGGCGUGAAGAAGGAGAUGGAGGACGCCGACAGGCUGGCGCAAACGGCAGAGAAGAACAACAGCCUUCGCGAAAAGUCCCGUAUAUACCGGCACCAACUGGCCUGGUCUCAGGUUGUUCAGCAGGAGAAGGAGCUGGAGAGUUAUAACAAGAGCCUACAAGAGCGUGACCGGCGCAUCGUCGAUUGCCAGAACGAGUGCGAUGAGAUGACAGAGGCUCUCACCAGCAUCGACAGCAAGUUGGAGCAGGUGCAGAGGGCACGAGCAGACCUCGAAACGGAACGGGAACGCUUCGACGACAAAGUGGCAGCGGCCGAAGCUACCUACCACGAUGCCAAGAAGGAGCUGACCGAGCUGCAGCGUGAAGAGCGAGAUGCAUAUGCUCGGUUGAAGAACACGAAGACCGAGAUCAAAGCCAUCGAGGAGAAGAUUGCCCUAGAAGAGCAACGCCUCAACGAAUCGACUGGGCCGGAGAGGGCGGAGAAGGACUCGGAGCUCGAAGCCGCACGCGCGCGCGAGAAGGGUAUCCACGAGCAACUCCUAGAGGCGACCCAGGCCCUGCCGGCUCUCCGAGCCAAGGUCUCGGAAACCCAGCAGCGACACCUGGCUCUCUCACAAGAACAGCAGCAGAAGCGUACCGAAGUCGUUGCUGAGCAGAGGAAGGCAGAGGAAAUGCAGCAGAGGUCCGGCUCCCCGCUCGACGGCUACGACGGCGAUAUGCGUCGUCUCGUGGACAUGGUGAGCAAGGAGGCUUCGUCCUUUAUGCAGAAACCCAUCGGACCCCUCGGUGCGCACAUUCGACUACUCAAGCCAGAAUGGUCUAGCCUCCUAGAGCGCACGUUUGGAGAGUCCUUGAACGCCUUCGUGGUCCGCAGCAAACAGGAUCAGGGCAAGCUGGCCGGCCUGAUCAAAAGGGCGGGCCUUCAGAGGCCGCCGCCCAUCUACAUUGCGUAUGGCGAGAGCAUCGACACGCGAGCGCAGGAACCCGACGACCGUUUCGACACGGCCCUCCGAGUGCUACAGUUUGACAACGACAUUGUCAGGUCGCAGAUGGUGAUCAACUAUCAGAUUGAGAAGAUCAUUCUCGUUCAGGACCGUGUGGAAGCCGAGCAUAUCAUGUUCGACGACGACCGGGCGCCACGCAAUGUAGCAGCCUGUAUCUGCUUCCACGACGGUCAGGGAAAACGCGGCCACGGACUGCGACUCACCAACCGAAACGGGACGACGAGCACAGGUCCCGUCCGGCCGUCUGAUGGUCGCCCGCGGAUGCAAUCGGACACGGGUCGGCAGCUGGCGCUCCAAGAGGAUCACCUCAAGCACCUGGGCCAGGAGCUCAUCGCGACCACGCGAGAGAUGAAACAGGCCAGCCAGGCGAAUAACGACGCCGAGAAGGCAAUCAAAGAGAACCAGGGUCGUAUCCGAGAGCUCGAGAACAGUCUACGGCGAACGCAGGCCGAAAUCGAACGCAUCCAGGAAGAUCUCGACGCGUUCGAGGGGGUCGACCACCGCCUUGUGAGCUUCCGGACCAGUCUGGCAACCAAACAGGAGGAGGUGGAGCAGCUGGGCAGCCAGUACGGUACCAUGAGCCUGACCAAGCGGGAGCUUCACGCCAAGGCCGAGGAAGCCAAGAGCGCUCUAGAGGCGGUCAAGCUAGAACGGGAAGACUUCCAGAGCCGAAUCAACAAGGCAGAGACGAGGAUCAAGAGCCACGUGGACCUACGCCGCAUCACGGUGUCGAAGAAGAACGAGGCCUUUGAGCGACUUGACAUUGAGAAGAACGAGCGACGGCGCAGCGAGGCAAAACGAGACGAGCAGGCGAACCGCGUGGCAGACUUUAUCGCCCAGGCGCAGCAGGUUGCACCGGAGCGCGUGCACAUCCCGGACGGCGAGACGUUUGAGGGCAUCGAGCGCAAGUAUCGGAAGCUCAAGGAGCAGCUCGCUACGCGGGAGAGGCGGCUGGGCGCGUCGGACCAGGAGAUCUACGACCGGGCCAAGGAGGCGCGCGACAAGUACGAGGACGUGACGCGGCACACCAAGGAUGUCGACGACACGAUUGCCUCGCUCAAGCGGGCCAUCGAGAACCGACUGGAUCUCUGGCGUCAGUUCCAGAGGCAGAUCAGCGCCCGCGUCCGCAUCCAGUUCACCUACCUUCUCAGCGAGCGUGGCUUCCGCGGCAAGAUCGACCUGGACCAUAAGCAUCGCAAGGUCCACGUACAGGUCGAGCCGGACGAGACGCGCAAGAGCUCGGCCGGGCGCAACACCAAGACGCUGUCGGGUGGAGAGAAGUCGUUCUCGUCCAUAUGCAUGCUCCUCUCGGUCUGGGAAGCCAUCGGGUCGCCCAUCCGAUGCCUGGAUGAAUUUGACGUCUUUAUGGACAAUGUCAACAGGGCCAUCAGCACAAACAUGCUGGUGGACGCUGCUCGCCGGUCCGUCUCGAGACAAUACCUCCUCAUUACGCCAAAUGCCAUCGAGGGCCGCGCCAGGGUGGACCGCGAUGUCAAGAUUAUCCGACUUACGGAUCCACGACAACGCACACUUGUAUAG